GUAUAUGUGUGUGUGUGGAGCUGAGACAGGCUCGACAACGGCACAGAAUGAGGAAAGACGAGAGAGACAGAGAGUGGGAGAGAGAGAGGCAGAGAGAGAGAGAGAGAGAGGGAGAGAGGGAGAGUGACAGCAGCGCCCGGGUUCCUAAGACUGUGAAGUCUACCCAAGUCCACCUGGCCCAUCACCUCCAGUCACAUCUCAGAGAGUACCUAGGACUCUCAGCCUCAGGACCCGUCUGCCUGCUUCUGCUCACUCAGAAACCCUCCCUCCUCUUGGGUGCCCUGCCUACCUCCCAGAACUUAAUUUUUCCAAGCUUACAAGAAAAGCUUCUCUUCAUCAAAACUGAGUUCAAUCCUCCCAAGCAAGAGGCCUUGACCUUUAGUUUAGGUAACCCAAGAUACGUCCUCUUGGUUCUUCACCCUGGGCUUUAGCUACCCCAACUCUCUUUCUCAGUCAUCAUUGAAGUUUGGAAGGCUCUGGAGGUAGAGAACUGGCACUAUCCAUUACAAAAACCACCAGUGUAAUUCCUAAAUGAGGCCUCAUCUUUUCACAAAUUUAAACAGAAUUUUAAAGACAAGCUCAAGGGUUAGUUUGUCCAACAAGCAACAACUUCUCUACAAUAUGACUGCUAGAAGACCAAGCGACGCUACUAGAUGCAGUUCCCCUGAGUCGGCACCGGGUGUCGCUGUGAGCUCGUUGUCCCGACUACCCCCCAAUUCCAAGAACCAUUUUUUCCUCCCCCUUGCUUCUCUUUCUCUUUCACACUGCUCCCCCCAACCCCCGGGCUUUGCCAACAUAUCAAGAUGCGUUUCGCCGGCUUCCAUCACUAACCUCCCGGAGGUCAUCAAGCCAAAUUUAUGAGUGGCCGUUCCAGUCACGUGACUCUAUUUAAGGCUCCCUUAUUUGGGAAGAGCGCAUAGGAUAAAGAAAGAGAUAUCUCCACCUAUAAAUUGUGCACUUUGGAGAACAAAAACCCCCUCAACUUCAAAGAGUCACAAAUCACCCUUAAUCAAAAAGGGUGCAGAAAUUUUUUUUGGGCCCUCCCCGCCAUGAGCUCCUACGUAGCCAAUUCAUUCUAUAAGCAGAGCCCCAAUAUCCCUGCCUAUAACAUGCAAACUUGUGGGAACUAUGGAUCGGCCUCAGAGGUGCAGGCAUCCAGGUACUGCUACGGCGGAUUGGACUUAAGCAUCACUUUCCCACCGCCUGCGCCUUCCAACUCUCUCCACGGGGUAGACAUGGCUGCCAACCCCCGGGCUCACCCCGACCGCCCCGCCUGCAGCGCCGCGGCCGCUCCGGGACACGCUCUGGGCAGAGACGAAGCGGCUCCUCUGAACCCUGGGAUGUACAGUCAGAAGGCGGCUCGCCCAGCGCUGGAGGAGCGAGCUAAGAGCAGUGGGGAGAUCAAAGAGGAGCAGGCGCAGACAGGGCAGCCUGCCGGACUGAGCCAGCCACCGGCCCCGCCACAGAUUUACCCGUGGAUGACCAAACUGCACAUGAGCCACGAGACGGAUGGCAAGCGGUCCCGAACCAGUUACACGCGCUACCAGACCCUGGAACUCGAGAAAGAAUUCCAUUUUAACCGCUACCUCACUCGCCGCAGGCGCAUAGAGAUCGCCAACAACUUGUGUCUCAACGAGAGACAGAUCAAGAUCUGGUUCCAGAACCGCAGGAUGAAGUGGAAGAAAGAUUCCAAAAUGAAGAGCAAAGAGGCUCUUUAGAGGAAGCAGGAAGCCCUCAGAGAGCACCCCGGUCGGCUGUGGUCCCUGCGCCCUUCCUUUUCGGUUUUCCUCCUUCUAGAUUUUGAGGUGGAGGCUAGAGCACUGGCUCCGGGCCUCCCAGACAAAAGCGCAUUUCUUUGGCAUUCCGAAUCCCCAUCCACACAGGGUUCUGCAGGACCGCCUGCACUGCCUGUCUUGCCUCAGCUCAGCUGAGCACCCCAGGCCCGGGGCACAUUCUUGUUGGGCGGGUACUGGAUAAGUCUCAGCCUGGGCUGCCUCUCCCGGCUCCGAGCCCUAGCUCGGCUAGCCUGAGUUAGGUGAGACAGACUAGCUGUAACCCCUUCCGCGCCCCCCCCUUCUUUGUUCCUGCCUAGCUGGCCAGGCUGCUGAAGGCUGGUUGUGCCAGGCAGAGGCUAUGACCAGAAUCUUCGGGGUACUUUCAACUAACCUUUAUAACUUCUAAACUCGUCUUUGUUCAUUAAUUAUUUGCAUAUGAAAGAAGGAGAUAAGUGAAAGUGGGCUUGUUGCCCCGGAGGUUGUCCUAUGCUCUCUAAACCUUCCAACCCCCUCCCCAAAGCCCGGGAACUUCCCUAGCCUGGCUUGCUGCAUGCACUCUCAGGUUCACAGUCCCAGCCUGCUAGCUAGCUCAACUAUUAGGGUCUCUUGCCUUUGGACCCUAGCAAGUUGUUCUUUGAGGCUUUUUUGCUAUCCUAUAUAUCUUGCCAUGACUUUCUCACCUUCCUGCCCCAUUGCAGUUGCCCAGCUAUUUAUUGACUCCAAGUCCUUCCUGAAACUAUAUUUUGUCAUAUCAAAUAAAGCCAGAAAAAGAACAGGACUAAAGAUUCAAUGACUUCUGUCUGUUUAGAGCAUGCAUUGAGUAGAUGUGUCUAAACAGGCUCUGAGAUGUAUUGGGAGGCCAAGUCUUUAAGCCACCCCUUUAGAAAUAUUUUUAAAUAAGUUUAGGAGCAGCAAGAAUAGGGAACAAUGUAACAGAGUUCUUUUCUUGAUUCGUGGUUCGAAUAAGGGCCUCUGGGGUGAAGGGGAGUACACUUGAGAACUCCUGUACUGUUGUUUCCACAUGCUGUGGGUGUCUAAGUCACCCAGACUUUUCUAUAUCCUAUUCUCAACAUUGGCUAAAAACGACUUGACUUGAGGCUUCUAGACUGUCUGUAGUUUGUACUUUAUGCCAGAGAAGGGGAAUUCUGUGGCUCCACUGACUUAGAUUUGGGCCCUUCUAGGUCUGAGUCAUCCCUGAGGGUCCUUUCUGGACAUAGAAGAAAGGUUGAGUCCUCAGUCUAGGACCAUGUUUGAUCCCAGAGGAUUCCUAGUAAUAGUAGGUGCUGCUUGGUAAAGAGGUGUUGGGGAAGGGGAAUUGGCCAUGGUUUGAGAUGUUCUUCAGCUUUCUAAGAUAUGGGAUGGGGCAAAGGGAACUAAGGGGACAGUGAAUGUAACCUGCAGUGUGUGCCUGCCUUAGAGAGAACAUACAGACUGCUCUCUGUCUUCUAGGGUCUAAGCCAAUGAAGGAUAGAUAACUGGAAUAAGAGCUGUAUAGACCAGUGCAGGAGCUGUGUCUGUUUGCCAUCAUCUAUUACAGUCUCUGAGAUUUUAUAUAAAGGGGGAGGGUGGCCUAUAGGAGAGGGGACACAGCUAAUUCAGGUGGGGCUGGUCUAGGCUGAUGCUCUGCUCAGUCCACUCUAGGCUCCAGGCGAUGAAGGAGAAAGUACAGGAGAAACAAACAAGGAAUGGGUCCAUAAAACUUUACUGCAUUUCCUCUCCAGCCUCCCACAAUGGAGUGAUUUCCUGUAGCCAAGUCUAGGACCCCCACACUGGAGGAGUGGGGAUCUGAAACUGGGCUAAGGGCUGCUCUACACUAGGACAGAAAGGGAACAGAGUGGCUCUGGGGAAGGGCAGGGAGAUUUCUCUCUAAGAUUAUUAAUGCUUAUACUCUUUGGAUUAUUUAUUAAAGGUCUGACUUCGCUGCA